CAACUACUGCGUAUCAUUUAUUUUACAAAUUUUCAUCGUACUGCUAUCUAAACGUUCCGCGUCGAGCUGAAAAAAUUUAAAUAAUCGCGGGUAAAUUUGAUUAAUCAAUUGUUAUCUCCAAACUUCGAUAUCCCUUAUAUAUUCGUGUGGACAGAUUCUCGGAUAUACAUUAAUCAAAUUGUGAUAUUCGCGAUCGUACGUAAAUGAAUUUACCUACGCGAUUUACACGAUGAGAGCUGAAAUUCCUGGAUUAUUUGUUCGAGGUGUACUACAGAUGAUACCUAUUGGGAUUUUUAUUUCAAUAUGUAUAUUAAUGACAUCAUGUGCGCCGUCUAAAGACCAAUCACUUAACGACAUAGCAAACGAGCCCAAUUCGAAUGAAAAUUCAAAUCGAUGUACAAAUAACUCGAGUUACACUGUUAUCAAACCGGCAGGAGUUUCUUUCUCAUUGGAAUGCAACACUAAAGAGUCGCCAUUAAAUUUCACAAAAAGUAAUCCUGCUGAGUCUGGAAAUUAUAUUUGCCAACAAGACACGACCUGCAUUAUUUAUACAGUUCACGUUUUUGAACGAGUGAAGAUAACGAAUAAUAAUAAUUAUGAAAGUAUCAAUAAAGCAGAAUAUGAGAAGGUGUCAUUCAACUGCUCUGUCAGCAGCAGGAAGUCGGUAAAUGUGCAAUUGAAAAGGAUCUCUCUAGAAGAACUGAAAAUUGAAAAUGAACCAGAACUGGUUAAUCGUAUUGAAAUGAACAAUGAAACUAAGAGUCUCUCGAUGAAUGCCUCAAAAAAAGAUGAAGGUUUGUACGCUUGCAUAAGCACCGAUGAUUCAGGGGAUACUUUAUACCGAUAUACCAAGUUGAAAAUAAAUCAAAACGAAAACGAAUCAAAUUGUUGGUAUUCAAAACCUACCAAUAUCCUGAUAAUAACUUUGGGCACUUUAUUUAUUGCGGCAGUGAUCACAGUUCUGCGUAUUCAUCAACGACUCAUCAACGAGAAAGAGAAAAAAGACCUAGCAUUAAAAGUAGCCGGAUCAGUGCUUUCACGUCAACCAACGAAGCAAAUUAUUGUCGAAAAGCGAUAUAUCUUUGAUGGAAUUUCUGGAAAGGCAGUGGAAACACCGUUUGUAAAAAUUGAGGGUGGUGAUGUAACAGACCAUAAUAAAUGCAAAUCACUAGGAUCUCAUUUCGAAUUCGAGUUAGAUUCACAUUGGGAAUUUCCGAGGAACAAAUUGGAACUUGCCGAAGGUCUAGGUGAAGGAGCAUUUGGAAAAGUGGUCAAAGGAAUGGCUGAUGGUAUUAUAGAGAAAAAUGUUACCAGCGUUGUGGCUGUAAAAAUGUUGAAAGAAGGCUACACCGAUGAAGACAUGGUCGACUUGGUAUCCGAAAUGGAAAUCAUGAAAGUGAUCGGGAGGCACAAACACGUUCUCGGACUAUUAGGAUGCUGUACUCGAGAUGGCACACUUCUUGUGAUCAUAGAGUACGCUCCGCAUGGCAAUUUGAGAGAUUUUCUGAGACAAGCCCAACAAUCUGGUGAUAAUAAACGUGCAUUGCUUCAAGAUGGACUCGAGCUGACUGAAAGAACUUUGGUAGAUUUUGCUCUUCAGAUUGCGAAAGGAAUGGAGUAUUUGGCUUCUGAAAAGUGCAUUCACAGAGAUCUCGCAGCGAGAAAUAUCUUAGUGGCUGACGGUUACGUAAUGAAAAUAUCAGAUUUUGGUUUGGCAAAAAGUGUACACAAUACAGAUUAUUACAAGAAAACAUCCAAUGGAAGAUUACCUGUAAAAUGGAUGGCUCCUGAAGCUUUAUCCCAUAAGAAAUAUACCUCACAAUCCGACGUAUGGUCUUACGGAAUAUUGCUCUGGGAAAUCAUGACUUUCGGAAGCGCACCUUAUCCAUCAGUACCCAAAGUAGAGAAAUUAUAUCAACUUUUGGUAGCUGGUCAUCGCAUGGGAAAACCUUCGAAUUGCCCCUUAGCAGUGUAUUGGAUUAUGCGCGACUGUUGGAGUUAUGGACCGAGUGAUCGUCCGACGUUUUCUUUAAUCGUAUCUAUGUUGAGUGAAUUCCUACUUGAUAAUGAGGUUUUCUCAUUGGAAAAAUCUCCCGAAUUAGAACCUUUAAAUGUAAUUUGUGAGUGCGACGAUGAUGAAGAAGAUUGAUCAUAUGAUUGUUUUGUUGUAUCAUAAGUACCUAUCUAUCUACUUAUAUGUAUGUAUCAUGAUGAAGCGAAUAGAUUAUGGUUUAGCUAUGAUUAAAUUUAAUGUUAUAACACGUAAUAUUAAGUUGACGAGUUAUUAUCGCCAGAUCUUAGUUUAUAAAUAUACAUUUUUUUAUCACUUUUAAAAUUAAUUAUCGCGUCGAAAAUCCUUCCUCCCCUGUCUUGUACUUGUACUACGUACGUAAUAACAUGUGACACUCAUACUUAUAUUACAUUUUACAUGUAGUUACCCACAUUUAUUCUGGCGAGUAAUUCGAUUAUUUGCCGGCCGUUUUACUACGCAUUAUUUUUUUCCUGUAGGUACAUAUUUAAGAGAAAAAGUUUACAAUUUAACAGCGUUUAAUAUAGAUAUUUUUUGUAGUUAGGUAUAAUAUUUUUAUGUUCCCUGUUAGGUAGGUAGGUAAUUAGGUAUGUUUAUGCACAUGUGUUUAAUUUUCGUUUCGAAAUUUUUUGUUGUAUAAAUACAUGUAGAUACACAUUUGCUAUUUUGUUUAAUUUAUUUGUUAGAGUUUUUUAUUUUGUACAUACAAAUGAGAAAAUACGCAUCAUGUUUUAUAAUUUUGUUUUCGAGUCAGUUCCACUGCAUUUUUCUCUUGUAGGUAGAUGCUAUCAUUCUCAGAUUUGUUGCAUUUGUAGGUAUCAUUUGGUGUGAUCAGAAUAGAGCGGAUUUUCUGUUUUUGUUCAAGUAUUUUUUUUUUUUGAAUAAAAUCGUUGAAAAAUGUAUUGUUUUAUUUCAUAAAUUAAAUUUUUAUUCCUGUA